UGUUCUUCAGUGGAAGGCGAAAACUUUUCACGGGUCCGAGACGUCCGGGGUAGCCACUUUGUUUUCGGUGAAGCCAGCGUUAAAUGUUGUAACCAAACAUCUAAUUCCUCCUUCAUUGCUCCGAGCUCGCUCCGAGCCGACACAGAGUUAGAAGUUAUGGCUGACAGCCGAGAAGAAGAGGACCGAGAAGGACACCAGGAGCCUCAGGGCGCCGUGGGUGGGGAAGAUGUUAUUGAUGAUCCCAUCCUGGAGCAAGGAGCAGUGGUCCUCAGAGGGUAUGUGACUCAACGCAUAAACGCAGAGGAGCCUGGUCGACACGUGUCCGCUGAGCAUCUGGGAGGAAGGCCAAAUGAACAACAGGAUCCACAAAUCAAAGAAGUGGUGAAACAGUUAAUCAAGAUUGCAGAUGACAUUAACAGGAACGUUGAACUCCAACGACUGAUCAACCAGGUUCCGAGCAACUGUGCUCAGGACAUCUUCAUGAAGGUGGCCAGGAGCAUCUUCACUGAUGGCAUCAAUUGGGGUCGAGUGGUGGCUCUCUUCCAUCUGGCCUACAGACUCAUACACAAGGCACUGACCACCAACCAUCUAGAGAACAUCAGAACAAUUAUCAGCUGGGUUCUCCAGUUCAUCAGAGAGAACAUCUACCCCUGGCUCGUACAGCAGGGAGGCUGGGCGGGUGUGAUCAGUGGUGUUUCUCGGUGGAGGACAGCAGCCUUAGUAGCAUCAGUAGCAUUGGUAGUAGCUAUUGUUUACUACAGAAAGACACGCUGAGAGCACCGGACCUUACCACCUCACAACCAGGGCUACAGUCCCGUCUACUGGAUAAACGCAGCUCAUUGAUAAAGACUAAAGAGUUUUUGGAUAUUAAUUACAACCACUCCUCAACCAUGAUCUCUUCAACCAGAGGAGGUCAAGUACUGUGCUCAGAGGGGGAAACCUCUUCUCUUCUCAGGAUUCCAAGAACAAAAAAGUGCCUUUACAACUAGCGGUCUACUGGGAUCUCCAUCAUCCUUCACCAGCAACUGUAUGGAAGUACAAGAGCUGCUGCAGCACACCUUCUAGCAGCCACAUUGGAGCUCUGGGUGGGGUUCGGCGUAAAAAUUUCUCUGGGUCUUUGGUCUAAGCAAAAUUUGAACUAGACCUGAGAAGACAUAAAUAUACCUGAAAAAUAGUUUGAUAACAACAGCCUUUUUUAGAUCAGAUACAAAUUAUCAGUCUUCGGAAGACCUCAAAUGAGCUGUCUCAACAGAAUCCAAACGACUUGUAAAGUGGAAAAACACACUGGUAAAAGAAGUAUAAUAAUUCGCAUUUUAAAUUUUUCUUGUUAUACUAUCCCUCACAUGAAACCACAUGAAUGUCCCAGCUAAUGUAAAGAUACCAUAGGUUUAUAUUGUGGCCAUCAGCUAUAAUUAUAUCAGCUUUGUUUUUAAGAAACCAUGUUUUUCCAUCGGUUAGUAGAUGAACCUCAGUCACUGUGGCUGUGAAAAGAAAGCCAAAAGGCACAAAUCAGAGAUGUGGUGAAUUCAGAGCGCUUCAUUGUUGCAGCAGACCUUUUUAACAGCACACUCUUUGGCAUGUCAUAGCACAAAAAGCACUGGUGCCACAUUAACAAUGGCUGCACACCAUUUGCUCAUUCCAGGGCCCUUGCAUCAUUUAAUUACAUUGUUAAUGAAAUGAUUUGCACACAAAAAGCUCCAUUGCCAACAAAACACAGCGUCUGAGUAGCCUGAAUCUGAGAGUGAAAUAAUUUUAACUGCUUACGGUAUUAUCAGAUUUUUUUUACAAAACGUAAUCUUAAAUUCAAGCUCAGUUAUUGGGCAUUUCUUACUGAAAUAUUUCUUCAGGGAUGUUGUCGACUUGCCUCCUUCAGUUAUCAUAUAAAUAUAAUAAGCAGAAAGGACAUCGAUCUAUUUGCUGUGGUAAUUUGACUAGUUCAAAAGAAAAUGGCGAUUGUUGUUAGUAGCCAUGCUGACAGCACACAUUAGUUGUUAAGGCCAUGUGUUCACCACAACGUUUUUUUCCAAGUCGAAAAUGCCAGGCACUCUUCAGGAAAUGCCUAGCUGGGAUUGUUUGGGAGCGCGGUUGCGUCUGGGUGCUAUGAUACAAAAUAUCCGCAGAAGUAUACACGUCGGCACAAGGUGGAGAACUUGCUCUGGAUGAGGGGAAAGGUGAAGCCCACCAGGACCCACCAGCCUGUGUGGGUUCAUGAGAGGAAACAUUUAUUAAUAUCUAUUCAGCAUAUUAACAUAUUCCUCCUCCAUUGUUGUUGUUCGGUUUGUCUUCGUGGUAUUUGUCUCCCCUUCACUGUGAUGGAACAGCUGGGUAAAAAGUGACAGUGACGAAUGCAGCGUUUUACCUUAAGUUACCUAAAUUUUUCAACAUUCAGCGCUCAGUGCCUCAGCAUGCUUCUGGCGUUUGUAAGGUAGCAUAAGUACAAUGCGCCCCCAUUGCAAAGCAUUAAAAAAAUUCACCGGGCUCAGAAAAAAAACGCUUUGGUGGACAUGGCCCCCAACUCACUAUUAAACACCCUUCAUUCAAACUCAAGAGAAACUAAACGCAACUCACCCAAACUGAUUUUGUUAGCAGUCUUUCCACUGUUUCAACAAUCACCAACUCAGGUUUGGUCAAAAUAAAAUGUUUAUUUACCAAGUUAGAUAUGAAAAUUUGCAGAUCAGCACACUGUUUAUCUCUGCUGUCUCUCUCUGUCACUCAGCUGUCAAUUCAGCAGCUGCUGACUGAGCAGCGCCUCUUACUCAGUCUUCAGAGGCAACCAAAGUAAAUCAUGUUUCAACAAACAUGAGCAACAAAAUUUAAAAAAAAAAAAAGGGAAAUACAAUAUUAUUUUAAAGGUAGCAGAUUGCUUAUUUGAAAACGUACUCCACUGCUCGUUACUGCAAAACCUCACCUCAGUGAGUUCACGACUUGCUGCACAUUGGUUUGGUUUUACGGAAGUUAGCUCGCUACAAUGGUUGAAUAGGCAACAGUACACAUAAUAAUGGCUGCCAGUCUUUCCAGCUAUGUUGAUUUGAAUGGAAAUGUGCGCUCUCUUUUUAUUUGCCUUUGACUAUCUAUAAAAAAUACAGAUAUUUUCUAUCAUGGUUGCUAACUUUUCUACUGAUAAUUGAAUGAGAGAAUUUCAUGUCCAUCAUUCAACCAUCUAAUGUUGUUUAAGCAGAAAAUAAAUGGGACUUCCAGAAGCCAUGGCACUGGGAAUAAGUUCUCCCACCACACAACUCCUACAACUAGUGUGGUGAAGUUCUUUUAGAGGGUGAGUCACUUUAUUGCUGGUGUUGAUAUUGUGUUUACAUUCAAUCUAGUAGCUAAUGAACUGUGAUCAGCUGACCAUCACUGUGCUGUGAACACACCUCAGUUGCACACUGGCUGUUAAAAACACUGUUGGAGCAUUUACAGCCGAGGUCGUGUAAUCCUCUGUACCAGCGGUUAGAAAGCUCAUUUCUGCUGCUUCUGUCUCAGUGGUGCGUUAAGCCAAAAAAGCUGUAUAACUGCUGUAUGAAAUAACCUGGCUGAUCAGCACCUCUUCCGCAUCAUUGGGCCCUAGGAGCAAGCACACUAGAGACUUCCACCGGCCAAGCUGGCUACUUCCGGUUUAGUGCUUUGCUAACUUCAGUGCGGAUGAAAAAUAAUUUAUUCUUGAGGCUUUUAGACUUUCCAAAGGUUAUCGGACCAAUCAGAUUAAAUCCUGAUAGUCAAAAGAGUAGUUUCGUGGGGGUUUUCACGCUCAAGAAAUGUAUCUUCUCUAUCUUAGUCUCUUAGGCCCAAUGGCGUCACGUGACGGGACGCUUAAUGUCAUUCCACUGUUUUGCCACUUCUAAAAUUGGCCUCAAAGCCCAGCGCACUUCCUUUGGCCUUGCGUUAUCCCCACCACUUGCAGUCAGCUGCCUGUUCCACCGAAAGACACUGACCUCUAGUGGCGCAUGCCGUGCACUACAUACAAUACAUCCUCAAUACAGCAUCUCCUUAUCAGUUUAUUUAAGGAGUGUCUGUAUUUUUGACGGUAUUGGAAAUCAUACCAUUAGGAUUUCUGAAUACCCUGGUAUACUGUAAUACUGUGAUACUGUCCAAGUACUGCAUGAUAGUCAUUUGACUGAGGAAUUCAGCAGCCUGGAAACUACUGUUAGCCUUGGAUGCAGAUUUAGGACCCACUGUCAAAUCAGUCUGACCACCAAAACAGGAAGAUGCUAUUUACGGCACCAAGUACAGACGACUAAGAGAGGCAAAGGCAGCAGAACAAAUGUUCAAACUCUAACCUGCUAAUGGCAAACUGAGCAACAACCUACAGCAGCUGUUGGUCAGAAUGUUGUCCUGUCACUAAAUUGCACAAGAGAUGGAAGUAGAGACUUUUUUCUAUCUUUCUUUUCCAUUUGGUGAUGUUUAAGGAACAAUCAUAAAAUGCUUAAGUGGACGACAGUUGACUUCUCAGAUUGAGAUAGUUAACUAUCUGCAUGUAAAGACAUGAAGCUCAUUGUAAGAGUUGCUUUUACUUAGAAUAUGACAGGAGCUCCAACUUCACGGUCUGAUUAUCAUUUUCCAGCCUGGUUGCUUGUUGCAGUAUUUCAACUUUAUCAUCUCACACUUCUCCAACGGAUUUUUAUAAUGAACAGAUGUGGGUAGUUUUUUAAACCUGUAAAACCUCUGUGACUGUAAGACUAAAAGAACUAUGCCUUUUAGUUUCGAAACUUGUAAUAAUCUUUAAUUAGAGUCUUAACAUAUGAGGAGCAGGACCAGUUUCUCUAAGUACAUGAAAUCUUUCUUCACAGUUCUGUAGUUAAUAGAUAAAGAAAUAAUUAUUUAAAGUAAUGCUUUGUGCUUAUUGCAGUUUAUAAGGGUCAGAUGAUUUUAUGGAUGAUUUCUAGGGGAACAGUCAGUGGCUUGUAGCGGACCUCAGUGCUGUUACCUAGUGCCACAUUUGCUUUUGUCAGGUAUUUUUGCUUCCAGAUUGAUCGUGUACUUUUGAGAGGGAUAUCACACUAUUUAUCUGCUGUUCUGUGGUGUGUGUUUUUUUUUUAAUGUAAUGAUUAUUUUAUUGUUAGAUUAACAAUCUCAUUGGACUUCAUUUCUGUGAAUAAAUUAAAAACAUGUUAUAACA